CUAGGGAGGAGUUCGAAGCUGGCAUACGAAGAACAGCCGGAUGAUUUAAGCUGACAGGAGAGGACUCCUUUCCCCUUUGAAAAAUGUGGGUGAAGAGAUGCUGGAAGCCUCAGUCUGGAUGAUUAAUAUUGCUGGAAUAAUAACCUGGCAUGCUGGUGGAGGCCCCAAAGUCCCACUGCAGUCUUCUUCACACGCUGGGGCUUGAGGACAGGUGCUCAUGGCAGUGGCAAGAUUGCAUUCAACCUCAACAUGUUCCAGUGCCCCCCAGCUCUAGCCCCCCAAUAAUAGCUGAGGUGUGCACGCCCCAAUGGAGAUGAAGAGCACCUUCCUGCAGGGAGCCCAAGUCAGACUAUGACAGCGUAUCGGCCUGUUCAUGAGAGCUGCGACGUGGGGGGCCUGGCCUCAAAAGCGGGUGAUUGCUCCUCUCCGGGAUCCUGGGCCCAAAAUGGCUGCACCACGCAUGCAGACGAUGCUUCUCCCUUGCGACUGGCCGCGACAACCCCUGCUGUGCCAAAAAUGGGGGUACGGGCCCGAAUUGCUGACUGGCCCCCCAAGAGAGAAGGGAUGAAGGAGCCGGUUAAGGCUCCAGAGGCCCCGGCCUCUGUGCCAUGGGAAUUUCAGAACGGGCAGCUGCCCGAUGAGGAAGCAUUCCCCUUGGGGCUGAAAGGCUCCCGGCGCCUGGCUCGAAGGAGGUCCAGGGACACCGAGUUCCGGGAUGGGUGGCCACGAUCUCCCGGCAGGGGGUUCCCGGCGCUGAGGAGCAGGAGCAGCAGCGAGGUCACGCUCAGCGAGUGCGACUUGGAGGCCGUGAUGGAGCCCCGGGGAGCCAGGCUGGCUAGUGGCCUGCCCCUCUUCCGCGAGUACGGCAGCACCUCCUCCAUCGACGCGCACGGCCUCUCGGAGCAGAGCUGCCGUGAGAUGCUGAAAGAGUUCCAGAGCGGGAGAGGAGGGGCAGGGCCGCGGCAGCAGCUGACGGGCUCGUUCACCACUUCCAGGAGGACCAAGGCAGAGGCCAGGGCUGAACCGGGCCUGCCCCUCCCUGCCAAGGAGAAGUCCCGCAAGAAGGGCCUCAGGGCGGAGGGCGGCGGAGGGGACUCCAUCUUCCGGAAGCUGCGGAGUGGCAGGGCGGAGGGAGACUCUGGCAGGGCCCCGAUGGAGGCGGAGGAAGUGGGCAGGGGCUGGCUGUGCCAGAAGAGCUUAGCCCACUAUGACAUCCAGAGCAUGCUCUUUGACCUCAGCGAGGUGGUGGCCAGGCGGGUCUGCGUGGCCCAGCGGAGGAACACCGCCACAGGGGCUUCAGCUGCCUCCGCUGGCUCAGCUGCCUCCACCACCACCAAUUCCCGAGCCUGCGGACUGCUGGGCCUGGAAUCCCCUGGCGCCUUCUUUGGCCCUGAGGACCUGAACUCCAAAGAGAAUCUGGAGCAUGAUCUGGGGGACAACAACAGCAAUGGUCUGCUGCUCAGCUGCCCUCACUUCCGCAACGAGAUUGGGGGCGAGCGGGAGCGCGAUGUCAGUUUCUCCCCCGCCUCUGUGGGUGGCUGUGGGGAGUGGGCCUUUGCAGAGACAGCGUCUGCCCCUUACUGCACGAACGCCAGCAUCUCGGUGCUAGAGAUGCCCGAGGAACUGCAGCGCACCCUCAGUCGGCUGAAGCAGCACAGCAUCGAGCAUGUGGACCUGGGGGCCUGUUACUACCGGGACUACUUCUCUGGCAAAGAACAUUUUAACUACUUUGGGGUGGAUGAGAAGCUGGGCCCUGUGGCUGUAAGCAUCAGGCGUGAGAAGCUGGAGGACCAUCGGGAUCAUGGGCCCCAGUACCAGUACAGGAUUAUCUUUCGUACCAGCGAGUUGACAACCCUCCGUGGAGCCAUCCUAGAAGAUGCAACGCCCACCACCACCAAGCAUGGCACUGUCCGUGGUCUCCCCCUGAAGGAUGUGCUGGAGCACGUGGUCCCCGAGCUGAACAUACAUUGCCUUCGCCUGGCCCCGAGCGUGCCCCAAGUGUCUGAGCAGCUGCGGAAGCUGGACGAGCAAGGCCUCUGCCGGAAGCACAAGGUGGGCAUCCUGUACUGCAAGGCCCACCAGAGCUCGGAAGAGGAGAUGUACAACAACGAGGGGGCCGGGCCGGCCUUCGAGGAGUUCUUGGCCCUGCUGGGGGAGAAGGUGUGCCUGAGGGGCUUCCGCAAGUAUUCCGCGCAGCUGGACACCAAAACCGACUCCACAGGCACCCACUCCCUCUACACAACCUACCAGGGCUAUGAGAUCAUGUUCCACGUGUCCACGAUGCUCCCGUACACCCCCAACAACAGACAGCAGUUGCUCAGGAAGAGACACAUUGGGAACGACAUUGUCACCAUCAUCUUCCAGGAGCCAGGUGCCUUGCCCUUCACCCCACAGAACAUCCGCUCCCAUUUCCAGCACGUCUUUGUCAUCGUCUGCGCCCAGAAUCCCUGCAUGGAAAAUGUCCGCUACAGCGUGGCGGUGACCCGCUCCAAAGAUGUUCCCCCCUUUGGGCCAGCCAUCCCGAGUCAGGCCACCUUCCACAAGUCUGGUGUCUUCCGAGAUUUCCUGCUCGCCAAGGUGAUCAAUGCGGAGAACGCAGCCCAUAAAUCGGACAAGUUCCACACCAUGGCCACUCGUACUCGGCAGGAGUACCUCAAGGACUUGGCAGAGAACUGUGUCACCAGCACUCCCAUCGACUCCACGGGAAAGUUCAACCUGAUCUCUCUUGCUUCUAAGAAGAAGGAGAAAACAAAAGCCCGGAUCGGGGCUGAGCAAUACAGUGCUGGGGCCAUUGUGUGGCGCGUUCUCGCGCAGGAUUACUCCCAGGGAGUGGAGAUAGAAUGCGUCCUGGGCAUCUCCAACGGGUUUGUGGUCCUGUUGGACCUGGCUACUAAGGAAGUAGUAUUCAACUGCUUUUGUGCAGAUGUGAUUGGCUGGACGCUGGACAGCUACAGCCUCAAAAUUUUCUAUGGACGUGGGGACCAUAUUUUUGUCUGUGCCCCAGGGAAUAAUCUAGAUGACAUAAAAGAGAUUGUGCAGCGGCUGAAGGUCAUGACCUCUGGUGCCGAGACAGUUGAGAUGACGCUCCGGAGGAAUGGGCUGGGACAGCUGGGCUUCCACGUGAAGUUUGAUGGGACGGUGGCUGAGGUGGAGGACUACGGCUUUGCCUGGCAGGCUGGCCUGCGGCAGGGCAGCCGGCUGGUGGAGAUCUGCAAGGUCGCUGUGGUAACGCUCAGCCACGACCAGAUGAUCGACUGGCUGCGCACCUCCGUCACGGUGAAAGUGGUGGUCAUUCCACCACAUGAGGAUGGCGUUCCACGCAGGGGAUGGGCUGAGUCCUUGAAGAUGAGCACGAUGGAGCCCGGUGGGGGGGCCGAAAGCCUGCCAGGGGGCUACCGACCUCUGUACCGCAGCAACUCGGCCUGGCAGUGGAGUGGCUCUGCCACCCACAGCUCCUCCCAGCCCUCUAAGUGGGCUGAGCAGCCAGGGCCUGGCCAGUCCCAGUCCCUCACCAGGACCCCGAAACAGAGCGCCCUGACCCCCUACCGCCAGGCCCAACCCCUGCAUAGCAAAAGGCCCGCAAGCUUCCCAGAGGCCCCCCAUGUUGUAUCCUCCUCCCAGAUUGGAGCAGAGAAGACCCAGUCGCACCGGCAGCCCUCCAGCAGCUUCUCAACGCCUGGUUCUUCGGGAGGAACCCACGCCUGGUACAAGCCAUCUCCAGAGAACUCUGUUCACAGAUGUGCAGCCCCCUUGCGGCCUCUCGGGCCUUUUGAGCCGCUCUGCUCCUCCGAGGCGACCUCCAACGGGGACGCUGCCACCUCGUUCGGUGGAGCACUGGCCAGCCAGGAGAACACCAUGGAGAGGCCCAAGCCUGAGCUGUUGUGGCAUGUGCCAGGGCCCUCCAGGUUCUCAGUGGCUCCUGGGAACAAGCGGCCAAGCCAGUGGGAGCCGGCCCGCAAGGACUCCCCAGACCGGCCCCUCAAGGGCGAGGGGCAGACCUCCAGCAGCAACACUCUCUCCAGCAACGCCUCCAGCUCCCACAGCGACGACCCGGCUGACCCAACCGAUGGCCUGCUGGACCCCUGGGCCAGAGGUGGGGCUUCCAGUGACAGUGGCAUCGAUGCCAGCAGUGCCCUGUCCACACGGUGGGACCGAGCUCCCAUGUCCUCACCCCUCUUCGGCCCUGCCCUCCCUGACAGCCACGGCAAGAGGAUGGAGGCAGCCUGGCCCGCUGGCAGCUCGGGCAGGCAGAGCUGGAAUCACUGCCCCAGAACCUUUGGGAGAGGAGCCGGCGCUCUGGCUGGGGGGGGCGGCAGCGGCAGCAAUCCGGAGCCCUUCUGGCGGUCCAGCCCCGGCGGCUCCAGGGCAACGUACCCCAUCCAGGUCUACAAGACACCCCCAGCGGACAGCUCCCGGGCUGCUCCUGGAUCACAGCUCAGCUCCUCACAGCUCUCGGCUUCUGUGCCCAAGUCCUUCUUUUCCAAGCAGAGUGGCCGGAGCGCCAGAGCCCUGCCAGCUGGGUGGAAGAAGAGCCAGGAUGCUUCGGCAAGGCCAGUCCCCUUCUUGGACCCCCAGAAGCAGGUUGACUUGAGCACCAAGAACGUCUUUGGGCAGCCUCGGCUGCGGGCUUCUCUCCGUGACCUUCGGUCCCCACGCAAGACCUAUAAGUCUACCAUUGAGGAUGACCUGAAGAAGCUGAUCAUUAUGGACAGUGCCAGUGUGGAGCAGGAGAAGGAGUUGACCCCACAGAAAACACUCCAGCGGACGCUCUCAGAUGAAAGCCUGUGCAGUGGCCGGCGAGACCCCACCUUUGCCAGCAGCUCCUGCUUUGAGCAGCCCCUGUCCGGCGACAUGCUGUUCACAAGCACGUACCCCUGCAGCACCCUUCCCGUGCGGAAGCUGGCCGGUGGCCAAGACAACUUCUUGGAGAAGGCCACUGUCUCGGCAUCUGAGUUCUCUCUGGCUGAGGUGCGGGACCAGCCCCUGCAGCACAUUGACCCCGCCCUGAUGCCGCUGCCAGACACAGCCGCUGGCCUGGAGUGGUCAAGCUUGGUCAGUGCUGCCAAGGCCUAUGAAGUGCAGAGAGCCGUCUCCCUCUUCUCCCUCCAUGAGGCAAUGUUAAGCCCGGAUGCGCCCCCAACUGGCAGCCCUGGCCUUGGGCAAUUGAGCCUGGAGCGACAGCCAGCUCCCCAUGCUGCCCCUGUCUUGAGCAAGCAGCAUCUGCCAGGGGACCUGACGGGCAAGGUCUACCAACUGGAAGUCAUGCUCAAGCAGCUGCACAGCGACCUGCAGAAAGAGAAGCAGGACAAGGUGGUGCUCCAGGCAGAGGUAGCCUCUCUGAGGCAGAACAACCAGCGGCUGCAGGAGGAGUCGCAGACGGCCAACGAGCAGCUGCGCAGGUUCGCCGAGAUCUUCACCGCCGUCGAGAAAGAGGAGCUGUGAGCUGUGCGGGGAGGAUGGACAGGCCUGGCGGCUGAGCAGGGGCCCCUCACUUCUCCAGAACCCUCUGCAUUCCCACCGAGAGCGCCGCUGAUGCCCCCUGCCUCCCCAACUCCCAGCCCCGGGCCCCACCUUUUGCAUCAGCCAGAUGGCAAGACCUCUCUCCCGGCCACAGUGGGGGGUUAGGGUCAAGCCUGCUCUGCCCAGAUAUGUGGGCAGCAGCGCAGCCAGCCACGUGCUGGCAUCCUUAGCCCCUGCCAGGAGCAGUCUGCCACUCUGCACGCCCAUCUGGGCAAGGCCAUCUGGGGGCAGAGCGCAGCCAAGCUUCUCAGAGCACUUUCUCACAACUAAAUUAUUUUCUAGGGAAUGCACGGUUGGGAGUGCCUCAGGAAGUUAAAAAAAAAUUUAAAUGUCUACGUUCUUUAUAAAACACUAUAUUUGUAUUAAUGGUACUGUUACUGUUGGUAAUUUUUUUCAAUGACAUUUCUGGCAUGCCACCAAAUGCAGCAGACUGAGAUUUGUUUCCAGCUGCAGCAGAGCUGGGAAACCUGGACCGGCGCAAAGCCACGGAGGUCCAUGGGGAAAAGCCAUCCCAGGCGCUCUCCUCUGUACCAUGCUUGGGUGCCUGCUCUGGAGCGCUGGGGGGGGGGAGAGUGGGAGGGCUUCCCGCCUUUCUUUCUGGCCAUGGUGCCAGGCCCCUGCUGCACUGAGCGUGCCUCCCUCUGCUAGGCUGGGCCAGGAUAGCAGCAGGGCACGCAGAGGGCAUUCUCUUGGCUCCCCUACUUUUCUGCAAUAAGGACUGGGCCCCGGCCAAGGGCCUCCUCCGCUCGGGUGCAUUGCGGUUGAGGAAAGGGUGGGCUCUCUGCUUGGUGAGCAGCAGGGCUCUUCAGCUCUGCAAGAGUAAAGCCUCUUCAGCUGUGGCUUCUACAAACAGCAGUGGGAGCAGCUGCCCCCCCCCCAACUUCACAUUAUAAAACCAGCAUAUGAACUAUGCGAAGCACAUCCUGGGUGGGACUUUGCCCUACACCUCUGGUGGGUCAUCCUUUCUCCCCUUGCACAAUUUCAGGGAAAUAACAAAGGGAGGUGGAAAGGCUUUGGCUCUGUGAUUCUGACCCAUCCCAGAGGUGCAGGCUGGCUCUCUCGGCCACCAAGGGGCUGUGGGCAACCUCCCGCACCUGCCACUCCUAGCCUUAAUUCUGCACACGGGCCAGAAGUGACCCCAUCUCCUUGUGGCCCCUGGUGCCGGAAACAGUUCGCUGAUGAGCCCAGCCAAGGUGGUCUCAAGGCAUUUCCAUCACCCCUCUCUGGGGUGGCAGGGGGUUGGGGGGGGUCAGUGCCCAGGCCCCCUCCACCAUCUCUCUUCUGGACUCACCACCCCAGCAACCUUUCUCAUUUUUUAAUUUUGUAGUGGGACCUCACUGGAAUUUGUAUCCUAAGGAUUUUCCCCCACUUUCUAAAAGGAAUCCCAUUGGUGUCUGGCCUGUGAUUGUGGGCACGAUGCCCUCUGGUAGCUGCAAGAACAGCAGCUCUUCAUUUCUAUCAGUUGUAUUAUGUGGACUGUUCGUUUUUAAUUUUAUAAGAAUCUUUGCAGAUCAAAUCUGUCUUAUUUAAUUUGCUCUGUCUUAAAGUUUCUGAUGGAGAGGACCACCAGUUUUUGUAAAAUAAAUUCUCCCAGUCUAAU